UACCACCCAAUGCGGUAGCGUCAGUCGCUACUGGUCGGCGAGCAGGCGCACCCGCAUGUGCAGGAGAGCUAUUUUUGGCAACCCGGCCCAGACGUGCAGGAGUAAAAUCAAAGAGCGGAAACAAAUCUGCAGCUGUGCAAACUUUCUGUUCGGUGCACGGGCGCGCUGCCUUGUUUUAGUUUCUGCGACGCGUCGGCCCGUGCAUAUCCGAAUUUUUUCUUUUUGCCGCUGCUGAGGCUAUCGAUCGGUCUCCACCCACUUGCUCUUGCUCGCUAGCACCGUCUGCUCUCCCCCCUCCCAUCAGCCCCUGUUCGUUUUCAAGUGCCUUAGUUCUGCAGGGGUGUGGUUGUGCAGUGACAUGUUUUGUCACCGUUUACUCUUUCCGGCAGUUAAUACCUCUCAUCGGCCCAUUGUUCCACACUAGAGGCUGUUUUUCCGCCUCCUCCGCCUUAAUUUAUCCUCUGCUUUUGAUUCCCUGUGCCCUAUCAUGUCUUCUCGGCAGGACCGGCAGCAAGACACCUCGGAGUCACAUCUUGACAGGAAGCUGGAACGGCUUGCCAAGAUAUACGACCUUCCGCUUAUUCUGAACGAGCGGUUGGCCAUCAUCAACUCAACCACAAACCUAGAUACAUACCAGGGUCUGAUUCUGCCAAGACACGCCCUUUCAAGCAACAACAGCCAUCUCUCUGGGCAGCAAGUCUCCCAUAUCGAUUUUUUCGACUCAGACGACCUAGGCUCCGCUUCCGUUGGCGGUGCUAUCGGCGCCAACAGCAGCAGCAACCUCAAUGACGGCGGCAUUGGAAUUUCCAAUCAUACCCAUGACGACUACGACCACGACAUUGGCCACUCGAACAGCAUAGACGAGUUUGGCGCCGCCAAUUCCAGCCACGACAACAACGGACAGGGUAUUUUGAGUCUAGCUGACGGCUCAGCAUCGACCAAUGCCAGCAACAGCAAGUUGAGAAACCCAACAGUGCUUGUCGGACAUGGCAUCGGCCACAAUGGAGGAGUCCCCAUCAACAACUUGUCCAAGAUCCCCAGCUACCAAUGGGGGUUCAAGCACGAAGACUUAUCGUCCUCAAACUCCAGUAAAUAUAUCCUCAAUGCCCUCGGAUCUCGAGAUAGCUGCAGCAUCUCCUCAUUGGCAGGUAACAUGCCGAAUAUCAACUCCUCAGGCUUGAACUCGAGAAUGGUGCGAUUACCAAUCAAAAACGACACCUCGUCCAACGUCAACUACUACGAUUCCCACAACGGGUUGAAGGUCCUCGGAGAUACCAUACAGGGAGGAACAGAGCGUUCGUUGAUGAACGGAUUGCCCUACUAUAAUAUCGAGAUGGCAGAGCAGUUAAUCCGGAAACUGAAUCUCAACAAAAAACUUGGGUUCAAGGCUUCGAACACAAACACCUCAUGGUUCUCGGAUUCGAUGAACGAGACCAUAGACGAUAUCGAGUACUUGCACGGAGAGGUCAUCUUGAACCAGUUUGUGAAUAACAAGCGCGUCAUCAGAAACUAUCAGUGGCUUUUAUACUGGAACGAUAAGCUGGGCAACAAAAAGUUGAUCGAUUCACUGAGGAACCAAAAUGAAAAUGUAAUGAGUUAUACCACAUAUGAAAGGCUAAAAAAUUUGAGAAACAAAAAGUUCAGAAAAUUGCAGCAAAAACGUUCCAUGAUAAGACAAGAUAUGGUCAAGCUGGACACGGCCAAGGAGGAUAAGAGAAACGAGUACAGGGUGAAAUUUGGUGCCGUGCCCGACAACCUGGAUUUUCUUGUCAAUGGCGAAAAGAGCAAAAUUGCCAAGGAAAUUUAUGGGGAAGAGCUUCUGAGGCAGGAAGAUGAACUCAUUGAGAAAGAGAACGCCAUACCCGAGUACGAGGAAGAGUUAGAGAUCUCUCCCAGCGAAUUAGAGGAGGCAGAGUUGGAAGAAAAGAAAGAGGCGGCAGAAGGUGCUGCGGCUGCCUCAAAAAUGAUACCAUCUAGCAGGUUUGGAGGCGAUUCAGAGUUUAAUAAGGAGCAGGAAAUUGUGCUGGAAAAGGAGUUUGCCGUUGAUGAUCCCAAGCUUUUGGCAAUACAGAAUAAGCUUUAUGGGGUCCACAAGAGCAUGAGGCUACAGAAUGAGGCGAAAAGCAAAAAUGGUAUCAUUACUUCAAAGGUAGUGAAGAUCAAAAGGAAACCAAACCCGAACGCUUUGGGGUUUUCCAACAUCAGAAGCUGCAAGCCUUCGUUUUUGUAAGUCUAGCC